AUGCCGCACAGCCUCCACCUUGGCUCCGGCGUCGUGCAGUCCCGCCUCAAGGAGUUCGACAUGAAGGAGGGCAACCUUCAGGAGAUCCCGCGCUCAGACACGAUGACAACCGAUGACAGCUACCAAAAGAUCUUUUACUUCCCCUCCAUGGCAGCCAUACGGCACUGCAUGAAGUUCUCCAUCGCCGAGGUGGUCUUGUCCCUCUUCAUCUUCGCCCUCUUCGUCAACUCGGCUAUUCUCAUUGUCGCCGGCGCCUCGCUGUACCAGGGCCAUACGUCCCUUGCCUCGGAUAUCUUUGGCAUGCACGACCUUUUGUCGAACAGCAUCUCCUCCGCCGCGGGUGUCAUCUUUGCCUUCGCUUUGUUGCUGUCCGGCGUGUCCGCGGGGUUGGUCUGCACCAUCGCUGGCCAGCUCGUCAGCGAGGGCGCGCUAAACUGGCGCAUGCGACCGUGGCUCCGCCGCCUUAUAACGCGGUUGAUCAGCGUUACGCCCACGAUCGUCGUGGUCGCCGUCGCGGGGCAGUCCGGGCUUAGCAACGCGCUGACGGGGACGCAGGUUGUGCUUGGCACAGUUCUCCCCGUCAUCACGGCGCCGCUCAUCUACUUCACCUCGUUCAACAAGUAUAUGACGGUCGUCCCCGGUGCGGCGAGCUACGGGUCCGAUACCGGUGUGGUGCCGGCGAGGAGGUUCAGCGCCGUGGGCGUCAAGAUGGCGAACUCGUGGUGGGUGACGGUGUUGGCCGUGCUGAUCUGGCUGAUGAUUACCGUCAUGGUGGUUGCGAACCUGGUGUUGUUGGUGAUACAAAGUGUCGGUUAA